GCGCGGAAAGAAUUCUCAUUUUCAUUUUCUACGAGGUGAGAGAGUUUUCUUGGGAAAAGAAACAAGAAGAGAAACUGUCGAGAACGGAGGGUGAAGAAGCGGGCGUUCCUCUUCCUCCUCGAGCUUCUCCUUCUUCUCCGUCUUCUUCUAGUGGGAGACUCCUGAGAGCCAGGCCUGACCCAUUCUUGGUGGUCUGUAGGUGCUUUAGGUUGUUGACCGCCGUCGCUGCGAUUCUCUGCAUCGCCGUCAAUGUCCUCUCCGCCGUCCGAUCCUUCAAGGACGGAUCUGAUAUUUUCGAUGGGAUAUUUCGGUGUUACGCGGUCCUGAUUGCUUUAUUGGUUGUGUUGGCGGAGACGGAAUGGGGAUUCAUGGUCAAGUUCUGGAAGGUUUUGGAGUAUUGGGCUGGUAGGGGCAUGCUGCAGAUCUUCGUUGCAGUGAUGACAAGAGCUUUUCCUGACCAUUAUAGUGAUAGGAGGGAACUUGUGCUUCUUCAGAACAUAUCAAGCUACUUGCUUCUUACUUGUGGUGUAGUCUAUGUUAUUUCGGGAAUCCUAUGCAUUGGCUUCCUUAAACGUGCUCGCCAGCAGAAAGAAAUUUCGAGGGAGCAGGCAGUAAAGGAUCUAGAGGAAUUGGAGAGGCGAAGGGGGGAACUUGAACAAUUGCUUAUUGAGGAAAGAGUUUGAGAGAAGUUGCGAGUCUACCGAAAUUUGUACUGUUAUUUAGGUUGCUAGAGGCAAGAAACCAGACUUUAGUUGCCCUUUUAUAUGAACUGGAUGUAAGAAUCUGCUGUCGGUUUGUUUUGUUAAUUUGUAACGCUUGACUGAACCUAUUAUUUCUGUAAAUGACUUGUACAGUGAACCUGAAGUCCCUUGGCUGUACUUAUUUUCUCAUCUACGCUUGAGUUUCGACUAAUAG